AUGCCGGUCCGCACCGAGUGUCCCCCGCCGGCCGGUGCCUCGGCCGCCUCCGCCGCCUCGCUCAUCCCGCCGCCGCCUAUCAACACGCAGCAGCCCGGCGUGGCCACCAGCCUGCUCUACAGCGGCUCCAAGUUCCGCGGCCACCAGAAGAGCAAGGGGAACUCGUACGACGUGGAGGUAGUGCUGCAGCACGUGGACACAGGGAACUCUUACCUUUGCGGGUAUCUGAAGAUCAAAGGCCUUACUGAGGAGUACCCAACCCUCACGACCUUCUUCGAAGGAGAGAUAAUCAGCAGGAAGCACCCUUUCUUAACCCGAAAGUGGGACGCUGACGAGGACGUGGACCGGAAGCACUGGGGCAAGUUUCUGGCUUUUUAUCAGUAUGCAAAAUCGUUUAACUCAGACGACUUUGAUUAUGAAGAGCUGAAGAGUGGGGACUAUGUCUUCAUGAGGUGGAAGGAGCAGUUCCUAGUCCCAGACCACACGAUCAAGGACAUCAGUGGUGCUUCCUUUGCCGGCUUCUACUACAUCUGCUUCCAGAAGUCAGCGGCCUCCAUAGAGGGCUACUACUACCACAGGAGCUCAGAGUGGUAUCAGUCGCUAAAUCUCACUCACGUUCCAGAACACAGCGCCCCCAUCUACGAAUUCCGGUGA